CAGUGUGUUAGAAGAAAGUCUCCACUCUGGCGCUUGAAGAAUCUGUGGGAUCACUGCGUGUCUUUCCAGUGCUCCAGCGGAGGGGAGUCCCGUCCGUCCCCCCCCGCCCCGUUUUCCCGGUCACUGCUCCCGUCAUUUUAAUGUCGACGCUUCCGUAGACAUUUUCCCAGAGCUAUUCAACCGGGUGCUCCACCAGAAAGAAAGUUACCAGGCCAACUGCCGGUCCGCCAACCGGUGCAGGAGCGGGUAUUCUUUUUACCCGGUCUUCGGAGCGGAUCGGUGGCCGGCGGAUAAGCCCGCCACCCCCCGACUCCCUUCCCCGUCAUUUUCGGCUUUGCCGUCGUGGUGCAGGGUACGGUGAGCGGAGCUUUCAGCCGCGGUACCUCAGACAGGGCUCCGAACCACGUUUUUCACUGACUUCUAACAUUUCCGAGGCGAUCACGCGACGCCGGUGCUUUGCGAGACCUCCUUCCGCACCCGUGUUGAGGUCGGGAAGAAUUGUAACCGCCGCCCCAGUGGGCUGUGAUCAUCAGCUGCGGGAGGUCUGAAUUUGAAGUUAAACUCUGUUUUGAAUCGUCGAGAAGACCCUCUUGCUUCUCGAGCCAGUGGUCGAAUCCUUAUUCUUGGACGGCCCCGUUCAAGCGUUAGACCCUAUGAGUAAUACUGGCCUGUGGUGGAUUGUUGGACGUUUACUUACCUCUAGCAGUGAAACCUUCCCCGGAAGCGUUUCCGGCUCUUAAAUUUGCCAUUGACCGGAGCAGUAAUAAGCCCAACGGAGAGAUUGGCCGUGAACGUGUUACGGCGGUAGGCUAACAGCCGAGAGUCGGUCCUGUCUUCGAGGAGAUGACUGGUCUUUAAAAGCGCGCUCACACCAAAAACCGGGGUUCGUGGGCGAUUUUCAGUUUACUGCGUUGGUGUACGUCAGAUUGCUGCUAAAAUUGGAGAUGCAAUUCCUCACUUGAAUAAUUCCACACCACUAGUGGACCCAUCAGUCUAUGGUUAUGGAGUACAAAAGCGGCCCUUGGAUGACGGAGUAGGUAACCAGUUAGGGGCCCUGGUACAUCAAAGGGCAGUAAUAACAGAAGAAUUCAAAGUGCCUGAUAAGAUGGUUGGGUUUAUUAUCGGCAGGGGAGGUGAGCAGAUUUCACGGAUUCAAGCCGAAUCUGGAUGCAAGAUUCAGAUCGCUCCAGACAGUGGUGGGAUGCCAGAGAGGCCCUGUGUGCUUACCGGAACCCCAGAAAGUAUUGAACAAGCCAAACGGCUAUUGGGACAGAUUGUUGACCGCUGUCGGAAUGGGCCUGGCUUCCAUAACGACGUAGAUGGCAACAGCACAAUUCAGGAGAUUCUCAUCCCGGCAUCUAAAGUGGGGCUAGUUAUUGGCAAAGGAGGGGAAACGAUAAAACAGUUGCAGGAGCGGACAGGGGUGAAAAUGAUUAUGAUCCAGGAUGGCCCUUUACCUACUGGAGCAGACAAACCUCUCCGUAUUACCGGAGAGCCUUUUAAAGUACAGCAAGCGAGGGAAAUGGUCCUAGAGAUUAUCCGAGAGAAAGACCAAGCCGACUUCCGAGGUGUACGCAGUGAUUUCAGCUCCCGAAUGGGAGGGGGUAGUAUAGAGGUGUCUGUGCCUAGGUUUGCAGUUGGUAUUGUAAUAGGAAGAAAUGGGGAAAUGAUCAAAAAGAUCCAGAAUGAUGCUGGCGUGAGGAUCCAGUUUAAACCAGAUGAUGGGAUUAGUCCUGAAAGGGUUGCACAAGUCAUGGGGCUUCCUGAUAGAUGUCAACAUGCAGCACAUAUCAUCAAUGAGCUCAUUCUUACCGCACAGGAACGAGAUGGUUUCGGAAGCCUCGCUGUCGCCAGAGGCAGAGGUCGUGGCCGUGGAGAUUGGAGUGUUGGAACGCCUGGGGGGAUGCAGGAGAUAACAUACACCGUCCCCGCAGAUAAAUGUGGCCUGGUCAUAGGCAAAGGGGGCGAGAAUAUCAAAAGUAUAAACCAGCAGUCAGGCGCCCACGUAGAGCUUCAGCGGAACCCACCUCCCAACACCGACCCCAGCGUGCGGAUAUUCACCAUCAGGGGAGUCCCGCAACAGAUCGAGCUCGCCAGACAUCUCAUAGAUGAAAAAGUUGGGGGUACCAGUAUGGGCGCGCCUGGAGGCUUUGGGCAGAGUCCUUUUAACCAAGCACCCGCCACACCUCAUCAAAACACCUUUCCUCCGAGGAGCUCAGGGUGCUUUCCAAACAUUGCUGCUAAAGUGAACGGUAACCCUCACAGCAACCCUGUGAGCGGUCCUCAGGCAUUCAUGACGCAGGGUUGGGGGAAUACCUACCAGACGUGGCAGCAGCCCGGACAGCAGGUCCCAAAUCACAGCGGUGCCCAGGCAGGCCAGGUGGAGUUUGCCAAAGCCUGGGAGGAUUAUUAUAAGAAACUAGGCCAGCAGAGCCAGCAGCAGAACAGCCAGCCCGACUACAGCAAGGCAUGGGAGGAGUAUUACAAGAAACAGAGUCACGCUGCCAAUGCUGCUUCUCAGGCAAGCUCCCAGCCGGACUACACUAUGGCCUGGGCGGAGUAUUACAGACAGCAGGCUGCUUUCUAUGGGCAAACAUUAGGGCAAGCUCAGGCCCACAGUCAGGAGCAGUAGAACAAUGUCCUUGGGGCAGAUUUUUUUUUUUUUUCUUGGAAUCAUUGUGGAAGAAAACCUUUUUGUAACAGAGGUUUCUAGAUUUGCAACAUUUUGAUGAAGACUUUUCUGUUUGUGAAACACUAGUUGUAGGAUAAUCUAUACUGAACUUUUCUAAGAAUCAGGAACAAUUAGUAAUGUACUAAACUUAUGAACAUGCUGGUUAUUAUGGGUUUUGUUUUGGUUUUGUGUUGGUUUUUUUUUUUUUGGUUUUGUUUUUUAUCUGUAUCCAAAUUUGCAGACUCUGGGAUUCUUUUUGGAGAGGUCAGAGAAUUAGAAGCACCAAAAUGCACCCCAGAGCAAUUACAUUUCAAUAUGUGGUUUUUUUGUGUGUUUUUCUCUUCAUUUUCAAUCUUUUCUGUUGCAACAGAAAGAGUGGCUUGGAAGUCUUAGGUGGUAUGUAACAAAUCCUAAAAAAAAUUUUUAAAAAAGCAGUAUUUAAAUAUUCUUAAAUAUGUAAAUUCAUUAAAUGUUUUACUUCUAAUUUCUUGUAUCUUGGCUGUCUUUGAUUUUAUUGCAUUUUAAAAAAAAAUGAACUAUGGUAUGUAUUGUAAUUAAUUAUGUGAAUUCUGUAUUGACAGUUGCUGUUUUGCUGUCAGGCAAGUUAUGGGAGGGGGCAUUUUGUAGGGUUUGUAUAAUUUCUAGAGUUCUAAAGGGGUAAUAUAAAAUAUGUUAAUUUUUUUAGCAAUACAUUUUUUUCAUGUUUCCAUUGCUGGUUGCAUUUGUGUAUCUAAGACCUCCAAGCUUGUUUUAAAAACAAAAAAACCCCUUCCUCUAUGCUCUCAGAAAUAUAAAUACUGUUAUUUUUAAUAUUAAAAUGAAUCUGCUAUUAGUACCUUUAACAAACACUGUGGAACAUUAAACCGUAUAAAAGGUAGUAACUAUUUUUUAAUUCCAGGGUGUUUUUUGCUUUUUUCAUUUUUCUUUUAAAUAUUUUCUUAUCUAAUAUUUGUCAAAUUACCUAGAGAAAUAAAUGAAUCUAGUAUUAACCACAGUAUGCGUUAAAUAAUUUUGAUUUAAUAAAAGGGAUACUAUGAUUUCCAAUGUUUACUGUAGUGUUUCUUGUACAGAUAACAGUGUAUUUUUAAAGGAAAAAAAAAACGGAAUUGAAGCUAUUUUUUCUUGCAUUUUUAAUUGACCUGCGGGACAUUCCGUUUUGAAAUGUACUGAAGUUACUGUUCUUGGUUUUUCUCUUUCCUUUUAUUUUCCUUAUAAUGCUUGAAAUGUCUAACGAUAAAAAAAAAAAGCAAUUGGAUAAUGGUGAGCAUGAUGUUAAAAAAAAAGGUGUUCUUUUUAUUUGACUGACAGUUGCAUUUUACACUCUAUAUAAUAAAAUUUCCACAAGGCGUCUUGUGGGUGAAGUA